GGCGGCGGGCGGGGGCGCGCGCGGCGGGAGGAGGGGGCGCGCGCUUCCCGGAACAGCCCGCGCUGAGGGAAGAGAGGAAGAAAAUAAAACCCGCGGCCGGAGCCAAAGCUGGAGCUGCCGCCGCCGCCGUCGUCUCGGCCGUCUGGAGCUCCCCCGCGCGGACGAUGCCCGCGAUGCCCGCGCGGGGCUCGGGGCGGUGAGGCCCGGGGCGCGGGGUAGCUAUGGCGACCGGGAGCGCGGCCCGCGGCGCCGCCUGACAGGUGUGGGGCCCCGGCGGCGGCGGCGGCGGCGGCACGGAGCAGCAUGUACGCCAAGGGGGGCAAGGGCUCGGCCGUGCCCUCCGACAGCCAGGCACGAGAGAAGUUGGCGCUGUACGUGUAUGAGUACCUGCUGCACGUUGGUGCCCAGAAGUCAGCCCAGACCUUUCUGUCCGAGAUCCGAUGGGAGAAGAACAUUACGCUGGGGGAGCCCCCGGGCUUCCUGCAUUCCUGGUGGUGCGUGUUCUGGGACUUGUACUGUGCAGCGCCUGACCGCAGAGAGGCGUGCGAGCACUCGAGUGAAGCCAAGGCCUUCCAGGACUAUAGCGCUGCAGCGGCCCCCAGCCCGGUGAUGGGGAGCAUGGCUCCCAAUGAUGCAAUGGCAUCAGGCCCCAUGGCACCCGGCUUCUUCCAGCCCUUCAUGUCACCGCGGUUCCCAGGGGGCCCCCGGCCCACCCUGCGGAUGCCGAGUCAGCCUCCCGUGGGCCUACCCGGCUCCCAGUCCCUCCUCCCUGGCGCCAUGGACCCCUCCCCACGUGCUCAGGGGCAUUCGAGCAUGGGCCCGAUGCAGAGGGUGACGCCUCCACGGGGCAUGACCAGCGUUGGGCCCCAGGUAAGGGCUGGGCCCAGGCGACAGGGGAGCUUCAGAGGCUGCCCUCUCUCGGCUUGCCCUCUCACGGCCCCUUUACCUUUACAGAGCUACGGAAGUGGCAUGCGGCCCCCACCCAACUCUCUUGCUGGCCCGGGUUUGCCCACCAUGAACAUGGGACCCGGAGUGCGUGGCCCAUGGGCCAGCCCCAGUGGCAACUCGAUCCCCUAUUCCUCCUCCUCCCCUGGCAGCUACACGGGACCCCCAGGAGGAGGUGGGCCCCCUGGAACACCCAUCAUGCCCAGCCCUGGAGACUCCACCAACUCCAGUGAGAACAUGUACACCAUCAUGAACCCCAUCGGGCCAGGCGCCGGCAGGGCUAAUUUCCCGCUUGGCCCUGGUCCGGAGGCCCCCAUGGCCGCCAUGAGUGCGAUGGAACCUCACCAUGUAAACGGAUCCCUGGGCUCGGGCGAUCUGGACGGGUUGCCGAAGAGCUCCCCCGGCGCCGUGGCCGGCCUGAGCAACACCCCGGGCACCCCGCGGGACGACGGCGAGAUGGCGGCCGCCGGGACCUUCCUGCACCCGUUCCCGAGCGAAAGCGUAAGCGACUGCGUCGACUCCCCCCCCGCGGCGGCGUCGGGCCGGAGGGGCCUGGCGGGCAGACCCCGGCGGGGCGGCCGGGGGGCCAGAGCAAGACCGUGACCGCGGCGGGCCAGGUGGGGGGGCGGCCGCGGCAUCCUUCCUUUCCUCCCGCCUUCCCCCUCCCCAGGCCCGCCCUAUCGCCCCGCCCCGCCCACAUCCCACCCCAACCCUGGGACCCGAGGCCCAGGGCGGUCUCCUCACGCAUCGCCACCUGGUCCCUUUCCAUCCCACGUCCACACCGCCCUGUCCCCCCUUCCCCCCGGGGGCGGGUCCCAGCCUAGGCCGGAACUGAGCCGGCCCCCGCGCGCCACCCCCUCGUCUUUCCGCAGUACUCCCCCGGGAUGACCAUGAGCGUGUGAUGGGGCCGCAGCCCCUUGCCCACUGCCGACCUCGGCUUCUGCCCAGCGCCCCUGCCCGGGGCCAAGGUCCAGGGGCUCGGGUGGUCUGCAGGGUGAGGGUCUGAGGUCACACCGCGGGCAACUGGACUCCCGGUCAAGGCUUGGAUGGCUGGGAGGCCCCGCGCGAAGGACUCAUUCAUUUUAUAAAAAAACACAAGGACCUCAGAGACGUUCUUUCCUGUAUGGGCCCUUCCUGCCAUUUCUGUUUUGUCCAGGGGGCUCCUUGGGGGACUUCCAUUCCCCUGGAGAGCAGGGGUGGGCCCCAUCAAUAAACAUAACUCGAUUUUGGUUUUUGGCA